CAUAUUCAAUCUGAAUUUUGUCGAUGGAACUCAACUUCAUUAUCUCCAUGCUCUUCUUUCUUCUCUGUUCUAUGUUGUUCGUCAUAAUCUUGACAAGUUUCAGAAAUGGGAGAGAGCAGAAGCUGCCACCAGGGCCAUGGAAGCUUCCGAUUAUAGGAAGCCUCCACCACCUGGGCGGGUCGCCAGCGGUCCACCGGCGAUUUAGAGAACUGUCGGAGAAAUAUGGGCCGUUGAUGCAUGUUCAGCUAGGAGGGAUCUCAACAGUGGUGGUUUCUUCUGCAGAAACUGCAGAACAAGUGUUGAAGACGAAGGAUCAUAUAUUUGGUCAACGGCCUCUUCUUGCUGGUUCUGAUAUUGUCUUUUAUGGUCCCUCUGACAUGAUCAUGUCCCCUACUGGAGAUCACUGGAAGCUCCUCAGAAAGAUUUUCUCUCACCAUUUGUUUAAUGCUGCGCGAGUAAGAUCGUUCGGAUCAGCGAGGGAAGAAGAAGUGACCAGUUUGAUGAAAUGUUUAUCUGCAGAAGCUGGCUCUGAGGUGAACUUCACUGAGAAAAUUUUUGCCACCGCUUGUAGGAUGGCCACCAGGUCAGCUUUCGGUGAGAAGCACAAGGACCAGGUAGGACCCAUUCUCGGGGUCUGUAAUAUGCUUCUCAAGUCGCCACAUGGAAUCUGCGAUCUGUUUCCUUCUCAGAAGUGGCUUCAGGUCGUUACCGGAGUCCGGAGUGGGUAUGUGGAGCUUCGUCGGAAAAUUGACAGGGUUCUGGAAAACAUCAUCGCCGAUCACCACGUCGGUGAUGAUGCCGGAGAAGAAGAAGAAUGUUUGCUCUCUGUUCUUUUGAAUUUGCAGCGUCAUGGUGAUUUGACGACGGACAACGUUAAAGCCGCCAUGUUGGACGUGAUACUAGCAGGAUUCGAUUCGCCAUCUAGAACAGUAGAAUGGGCUAUGGCAGAAAUGGUGAGAAAACCAACAAUACUGAGAAGAGCACAAGAAGAAGUGAGACAAGUCUUGAGGAUCAAAGGACACAUCGAUGAAUCAGCAUUACAGGAGCUGAAAUAUCUCAAAGCUAUCUUCAAAGAAACUCUAAGACUACACCCUCCUUCUCCUCUCUUGGCUCCAAGAGAAUGCACACAGACUUGUGAGAUCAAUGGCUACACAAUACCAGAGAGAACUCAAGUGUUUGUUAAUGUUUGGGCCAUUACAAGAGAUCCCAAGUAUUGGAGUUCAUCAUCUGAUACAGAAGAGUUUGUUCCUGAAAGAUUCAUGAACAGUUCUGUUGAUUACAGAGGGUCAAACUUUGAGUUCAUUCCAUUUGGUGCAGGAAAGAGAGGGUGUCCAGGAAUGUUGUUUGGUCUUGCCAUUGGAGAGAUUCUUCUGGCACACUUACUGUGUUAUUUUGAUUGGAAACUUCCCUUUGGGAAAACUCCAGGAACCCUAGAUAUGACUGAACUUAUGGACUCAACCUUGAAAAAGAAAAAUAAUCUAAUCCUUGUUCCCACUCCUCAUGCUAAUCUUGUCUGUACAUAGUUGAAUCAACUUGGAGAGAUUUUGAAGCUAGCUGGUUAGUUUCACAUGGCUGA